AUUGGCGAAGCCCUAACGAGCAGCGGGCGAGAGCGGAGCAUUCCCACGGAAAGAUUCAUAAGAAACCUAGAGCGUGCGGAAGUGGACGUGCUUUUUUUUUUCGCGCGCGCGUCGAUACGCCGUCAAUUUUUUUUUCACCCAAGCCGCCGCUCCGGUUCGAUUGCCGGUCGCGUUGCCGGUCGCAUUUUCGCCGUAUCUCACGUCGCGUCGACGGUAAAUAAACGUCGUCGCGCAAGUAAACACUAUCUUGGUGCGAACUUGAGGCGGCACUGUGAAAAGUGACUCGCGUCGUACGUCGUUCGCGCAGUCGGCCAAAAAAAAAAUUUUUUUUUCGAAAAGUCCGGUGCACUCGGAUAAAUCCUCGAUGAACCAUUACCGUGAAAUUUCAGUGCUUCGGAUCUCGGGUCUGUCGGCGACAUGUGAUCGUGCACGAGAGGAAAAAGAGAGAGAGAGAGAAAGAGGAAGAUAAACCACGCGUGAAUUAAUACGCGAUCUCGAAUUAAUUGCUUUCGUUGUAUCGGCUGCUGCGAUUCGUGGAGUGAUCGAAGGCAUAUAGUAAGCUGAAGAAUUACCGUUUUCUCACUUUCUAUUCUCGUUCGUAUGCUCGAAUGUAAUAAUUGUAACGCGAAUCAUCACGUUUUAAGCAAAGCGAAUUACAGAAUAGCAUAAAACAUUAAAUAUAUAGGUAGAGAGACUAAAUAUGUAUAGUGUUAGAGAAUUUCGCGACGUCGUUCUCACACAAUUUCAACGUGUUCAUUAGUUUGAUCAGAUCGCGGAAAUUAUGCUCGACGAAUUUUGUAUUUCUCGUGAAAUAUGACGUGCGAUAGCGCGUCACGUUUAUCGUGCGCAAUAUAUGAAUUGCAAAAUUGGACAAAAUUAUUAAUAUAACUUAUCGCGAAAAGAUUUUAUAACGUGAGAAUAAAUGGGUAAAAGAUGAUCAGUCAUCGCGAUUGAAAUUUUCGUGGCGACGAAACAUGCGAGUUUUCCUUUCGGCGUGUGACAUCGCGCACGUAAUCUUACCGCACAGUUAACCUGUGUCACGUUGUUAGUUUCGGAUUAAAAACUAUACGCCGGUCACUGUAAAAGUAGGGCACGUCCGGUCCCGCCCUUCGAGGCAUUACCUGAUCCGGCUGUAGGACAAAGGGGAGAUAGAUAGAAAAAAAAGAGGAAAAACGAAAAAAUGCACACGAAAUUACGUGAAAGAGAAAAAGAGAUCGUAUGGGCUUCAUGACGUGAUUCGCGCCAUCGAUUGCGCGAUGGAAUUGACAUUACGAAUGCAGAAAUUUUCUGCGCCAGACGGCGAUAGAUUUUUUAUGACUUCCGCCGAGGGCUGUGAUUUUUUUACGAGGGGCGAUAGAGGAGAGAGCUGAUCUGUUAUUUAAAUCCCACGUGAUUUUAAAUAACGACAGUAUAUAUAUAUAUUUAUUGGGGAUUUUAGCUGAUUAUCGAUCAGACGAUAUCGAGCGCGUUUUUUGCAUUUUUACAAUGCCCAAUUCAACUUGAUAUGUUCCUAGUUAGAUCCAAUAUCAGUUAGUUUAGAGCUACCGUGUGUUUGCAAAGCGUUGAUGCUGUAAACAACCGUCAGUGCAGCAGCUCUCGGAAACGCUUAACGUGCUUCGGGCCAUUUAGAACGCGAGCGAGGGACUACCACUUACGUAACUGGAUAGACGGAGAAAUUUCCUUUCUGUUUGUUAUCUCCAGCUUGACCGUUAUCUUUUUGUAAAUACUAAAACGUGUAUAUACAAUUUGUAGCGUCCUCUUUUAGUUUCCAAUGGUGUGCGCAAGGCACGUGAAACGUAUAUAUAAACGUUUAACUUACAAAACGGAUUGCUCCCCCUCGCAAUAAAACUUUCGAUAAAAGAACGUAACAAUUUGUUCCCAAUAAAUUCAGCGGACGGUCGCGCGCGCGCGCGCGCGUCAAGAAAUUCUCACCCCGUUCCGAGCGACUGACGUGCACGUUCGCGAAAUUGCAGAUCGGUGGUGCGCAGGAAUUGUUUCGACACAUCGCGAACUGUGAUUCCACGCGAAUUACUCCCGGUCGAGCGAUACUCCCCUAUAGCGUCCAGAGCUCUCGCAGAUGUAUCGCGUGGAGCAGCAGCCCGGCAGGAUACGCGUUCUCUGAUCGACCGUGGAUGACCAUUGCUACUUGAAGCAAUAUCCCGAAAUGCUUGGCGCUGCCGCGGAAUAGAUUCCGUUUCACGAUGAUGGCAGCGUUUCGCGCGGGCGAGUCGUAAGUGCGAUUCUGGAGGAAGUAGAUAAUCGUAUGAUUUAACCGUUUAAGCGGCAAUGAGGGAGAAUGGGGGAUGGGACGAACGGCCGUGUUAGCCACUAACUGCGAGACUCAUCUCUUCGCGGCGGAAAGUGUCAAUAAGAGGGGAGAAAGAGGGAGAAAGAGAGGGAGAGGAGAGGUGUGAUUUUUGACAGAGCCGGCUCCCAGUGAAGCCGCAUGAAGAAAAACGAACGGAGUGACUCGACGAAAGAGAGAGAAAAAACUAGAGCGCGGAGGGAAAGAAUAAGAGGCGGAAAUUCGAGUGGCAGCGCGGAUCGACUUGUAGCGCGGUUGUGCAAAGAAAUAAACAAUAGUGCUGCCGCGUACCAGCUUUGGGAAUAGAAAUGAGUUGAGGAUCGACUACGAUGUUGAGUCGUCUUUCGGCCGUGGUGGCCUCCAUUUUGGUUCACCAGAUAUAUUUUCUAUGCACUGCCCACGCGCUAGGUGCGAAGCCAUUUCCAGGUUUUGAAAACUUGCCACGCUCAUUUUGGCACGAACUUAGUUCACCUUUUACAGAGGUCUACGACGUGGAGAAUUUCGUGACUGAGACAGGUGGCACUCCUGAACCGAGGCCAUAUUUCGAGGAUCCAGAAAGCAACAUUACUGCACAACUCGGCGCUCAAGUCUACAUGCACUGCAGAGUACAAAAUCUACAAAAUACUCUUAAGGUGUCAUGGGUGCGUAGACGGGGAGAGGAGCUUCAUCUACUUACCAUUGGCCUCGAUACGUACGCGAGCGACUCCAGAUUCUCCCUGGCCUUUGAGAAGCCUAAUGACUGGCGAUUGCUUCUGCGCUCCGCCACGGAACGCGAUGCCGGCCUUUACGAGUGUCAAGUCAGCGCUCACCCACCAUUAAUCAGAACUGUCCAUCUAGCGGUGUCAGUGCCGAAGGUGGAAAUAGUGGACGAGCAUGGCGCUACGGCCGGUGACAAGUUCUACAAAGCAGGUAGUACAAUAGAGCUGAAGUGUGUAGUCAGCAAUAUACCGCAACCUACCGGCUAUGUCACGUGGCGACACGGAUCUCGUACGUUAAAUUACGACACGACUCGUGGUGGCAUCAGCGUCAAGACGGACAUGGGUGCAGCUGGUGCGGUGUCUAGGCUCUACAUUGCAAAUGCAAAUAAAAAGGACAGCGGGAACUAUAGCUGCGCUCUGGCGAACGUUGCAGCAGCCACUAUGGUGUCCGUCCACGUGCUAAACGGGGAGAAUCCAGCUGCCAUGCAACACGGCGGUACCACGGCCCCGAGGGCGACCUUUAUCUUUACCGUUGUGAUAUCACUAUCAUCGCUCCUAAGGUGACCGUGAUGACCCCGGUGCAUUUUGGACCUGCGAUCCGAAUGGUGCUAACUUUCUCUUUCCCCUCCCCAUGGAGACUCCGCGCGCCCGUAAUGUCCCCCUCGAAACGGACGGAAACUUUGGGCAUUAGGCCCUCCGCUCCUUUCGCGCAUGCACGCGCGCAUGCGAUCUCUGCGAAUUAAGUACAUAUAGAAACGGAAACGUAGGUAUUCUGUACGCGCGAGAGACGCGCAAGUACAAGUGUGUGCGCGGUAACGACGGAGAUAUCACCCGGAUCCGUUUCGAUCGUGGACUUAACUUUUGGACAAGUGGCUUCGCUGUGCAAAGCACCGCGUCUCGUUGCAGUUUCGUCGCAGACGGCGAGACGGCGCGUAUAUCAGUUUCCACAGAGCAUCUCUCUCGAGAAACUUGACUAAUCGCUUCCAGCGGCGAUCAAUGCGGGAUUUGCGUGGAGGGACGAAUAGCGUUCGCGCACAGAAACGCACGCUGUGAGAAUUUCAGGAAGAGGGAAUGGAAACUUCACGUCGUUCUCCCUCGUGUUUGAGCUCUCGGUACUAACGUGUUGACGCUGCAUUGUUAAUGCGUACGUUAUUUACUACGCGUCCGCGAUGUUCAAACGCGGAUACGUUAAUUAAGGGAAUUUCGUUCAUGUGAUAUGUAACGCCCGACUAUCUAUACUGACAUACGUUCGCUGAUUGUGCUGAAAAAAAAAAAAAAAGAAAUAGCCAAGCGAUGAUUCGAUCGAUUGCAAUCGAAGAUGUUCUCAUUUUUAUCGUUGUAUCCUGAUGUCUUGAAGAAUUUCCAGAUGCACCGCGAGGUAAAUAUUUUAUCUUUUCUGUUUAUUACUGAUUUAAAUGUGAAUUGAAAUUCGGAAGUGUAUCGUUUGCUUAUCAAUUUCAAUAUAUCAUUUUUCGGAGGGUGUAACAACGAAAAACUGUGCGUAUGUCGAUCGAAGGAGAUGAAUUUUGCGAGGGUAAAAAAUACGUUUUAUAAAAGUUCGAAGAUUUAAAAUGUAUGUAUAUACUUUUGUAUAUAUAUACUUUUAUAUGUAUAUUUAUAUGUAUAUUUGUUGAAUUUAUAUUCUGUCGGUAAACUGUUAUGUAUACUGUUAGAAUGAGAUUAAUUGUAAGAUUUUUUGAAAUGUCGAACGACACCGUCCAGAGAAUUCGGCACUAUCGACUGUUGACCAUAAUUCGAAUUACCUUUUAUUUUGACUGAUCUGUGCAACUAUAUAAUAAUUAUCCUCCAUGUUGUCCACAGAGUAAUAAAAGUAUUCCCAUUCGUUUUUAGCAUCCAAAUUUUGGAUAGCUUCGAACUUCACACGCACAUCUACAUAUCAGCAUCUCUUUUACGUGCGUAAAAUGCAAAUCUUUAGACGAAUCGAAGCUCCCAUUUAAAAAAAAUCAACGAAUAAUUGACUACGUUGUAAUUUUUUGCAAACGAAAUUACGAUUGGUGCUACUGAAAAAUUGCUGAAGCAAAACGAUCGAUUUUAUCCCACAUAGUGUUAUUGUUACUCGAUUUUAUCUGAUAUAAAAUAUGGAAGCAAUAUUUUCGAGGCUCGCAAUGGCUCAAAGAAAUCGACGCCUUUGUCGAGCAUAAAAUAACGAUUGCGAUACAUCGCCGUUGUUCACUGGUAGUUUUCAUGCUCGCGGCACGAAAAAUACACGAUGAACGUGGCCGAUGAGGAUCUAUUCAUCGUUCGUCAUUCGCUGAAAAUACGCCUGACGUUGACGAAAAUCAAGUAAAAUUCGUUGGUUAUGAAAAAGAUAUUACGUAAUCAUCGCGGCUGUAAUAAACGUUACUUGUGAAAAUUUAA